AUGCAAGGGCCGGCAAAAAAACUGCCCUCGGGCGAUGCACAGCCCAAGAAGCGCCAGGCAGGACCUCAGGAUGACAACACCGGGCCCGGGAGGCCGAACAAGCGGGCCAAGGCUCGCGCCGACCGUAACAUUCCCGUUCACGCGUCCGCUUCGGAUGCCGUCACCGAGGAUGGUGAAGUGAACCUGCCAAUUUUCCUGGAGGCUCUUCAGUCCAGCAUUGGCGGUCUCGAGAAGGCCAUGCGUAAGAGCAAGGCCUCGGGAACCAAGCGUGCCUUCCAGCAGGUUCCUCGGGAUAUGAGGCGGCGCACUGCCAGUCACAACCCCAAAAGGGUGCCGGGGCGACUGCGCGCCCGAGCCCGGGUUGAGAUGGCGUCUGACAAUACCCCGGCAAAGGGCAAGAAAAGAGCCAAGGAUAAGGUUGAAAGGGCACUUAACAAGGUUGAAAAGGCCAGGCUUGCGCUCAGGAAGACGCUUAAGCAGACGGAGGCAAUCCGUGAAGGGCUUCAUCUCCGCGCCAGCACUGUGCAGGUACCAGAGACCAAGACGAACAGCAAAAAUUCUGGGGAAUCACGCUGUCUCAAAGCCCAGUUUGAGCACCUAUCGAACGCUCUGGACAAGACUCGGAAGCUCGUGGGCCGACUGCAGGUCCAAUUAGACUUGGGUGAUGUACGGAGCGUAACAGAUCAGACAUCUCUGGCUACCCAGCAGGUCAAGAAUCUCGAAGAUGCCAUGACAAAAACGAAAAAACUAAAUAACUUGUUAUCGGAGCUCAGAGAUCCCAACCAGAAGUCGGACCUAUCUGAUAAGCUUGGGAAAGCGCUUGUCAAAACCAAGAAGCUUAACAAGAAUCUGGCCAAGGUCAAACAGCCCACCGGUUCAUAUAACUCUGACACUGCUGAGAACGAAGAGGAGGAUGAUGACAUAGAGAUGGGCAGCGAUACGGAUUGUCCCCAAACAUGUCUACUGCCUCCUCGGCGGAAAAACAUACCAAGGAGGGAUGAUCAACUACCAACACAUCUCUGGCAUGCAAAACGAGCAAAGAUGUCAACUAUCGACAACCCAUUCUUCAGCAAGCCGACACCUAUCAAUAUGAAUACCAAAACAGUCCGCAAAAUCCACAGAGCCUAUAAUGCGUCCGCGUUCAUGCAUGACGCGAGCCACAAAGGCUUUAUUCAAGUCUCGGGUGCUAUGAACGACGUCAGGGAGGUGCUGGAGGUGGUAGGGAUAGACUACCCGGGUGCCACAGCCGAUUGGAUACGCGGCUGCCGUGUGUGGACUGGUAUAAUCCGCUUGGUAGAGUCUCGCAAGACUGGAGAUAUUACACCUGCUCGAGUUAUCUGGAAUCCAUCUGGCCAACCUCUAGGCAUGCUGGAUGAUGCUGCAACUCCGCGCCAAGUACUAAUUGAAAUCGAACCGGAUACUGCCGAGCUGGUCGUUCGUGCUCUGACGACCGCAACAGAUCAUCUUGGCGACAAAAGGAACCAGGUGACCAUACGAGAUCUUUCCAGCAAGCUCGGAUGUAUAGAACUGCUUGGCCCUGGCUCUGGACAGCGGCUCAUUGAUGUACUUCGGCCACCCCAGUCCCCAAGCAGUCAAGACGCAUACAAGUCGACUCAUUGGCGGCUUUUCCGCGCAAUAGCACAGGCACAGCCCUCUAUGUUGGGAUACAGCGUGGCCAUGGGAUUGAUGAUCAGAUAUCCUGACAAGUACGGCAGAGAAGAUGUCUCUAGGACAGAUUGCAUCGACAAAGACGAGGCCGAGCAGCUUCUUGCAGCACAAGAGGAGUGGUCAACCGAGAGAAACCCUCAACCCUUAGCACUGUUAGACCGAACUGUCCGAGGCGGCGCUUUGCAAUUGAUACAGAAAAGGCAAGGCGCAGCACUCAAUGGCAGCAAGAACGAUACAAGGGAACACGAUCAGAGUGGCUCCUCAAUUCCUAUAAUCCUUUUAUGCUCUUCGUCACAUACUCGCGAAAUUGCAGGGAAAUGGACCCUUGUCUGCCAACGUGAGCUCGUCAAACCGCUAUGGCUCCGUCUGUUCAGCCAAAAAGGCCAUUUCGGCGGCGAGAUCGGGAUAGCAUGCGUGGAGGAAAUGCAUCGUAUCCAUACAGAGCAAGCGGUCAAGUUCCAUCCGGUUGACUUUCCACACACGGUUCAGGGUACCUUGUGGGAGCUCAGGGAACGUGAUCGUCUCAAAAAAGAGUGGGAGUCACUUCCGAAAGGCAAAAGACCAAACUGGACGACCCUGAACCUUGGCCAUAAUGGUAAAGGUGAACUUGGCAAUCCUUUUGCAUGCGAUUGGGAGCAUCUUCUCCAUGGCGCAAACCCUCUUGACGUUAAACUGCCGCACACGCCGAAUGAGGACAAAGAGGCGAAGGAUAAUUCACCGGCGCGUCUCGUUUCGCCAGAUAUCCCAAGACCUCUUGCGAUUUCUGUUUCUUCGGCGCUGUUUAGAGAUUUUUUUUGGGUCGGAACUGAGCCUGCAAAGAGGCCUUCUAUCCCUGUGCUCGGAAUCUCAACUGUUCACAUCAGCAUGCUUGAAGGAGGCGUUCCCAAUCCCCGUGCCCGGGUCUAUCUCCUCCCAAACUCGAGGGAACAAGAAGAGCUCAGAAGUGCAUGGAUGGAGCGAUUCAAGGUUAGAAUUGGCAGCGUGGGAAGUAAACGCACUCAAAAGUUAAGCUCGGACCGGCGGUUCCCACAAUCUUCAACUUUUGCUGAGCGCAAGGAAAUCCUGGCGGAAAGCCUCUUCCACGGCAAAGAUUGCGAGGCUGCUGCUGGGAUUGAGGGAUCUCCCGUGAAAGCCUACCCUCAGGUCUUCGCGAAAGACUUGAUGGGUUACGUGACAAGCGGCGGUUACAAUCUAGCUAGGGGCAGGGGUCAUGGCAUUGGACACCUAGCCGCGAGCAAGAUUGUGGAAAGCAUGCAAGCCACUAUCGAUGCGGGAGGGAUAUGGAAUGAUGCGGAAAGCUUCUACUGCGUUGUGCGUAAUGUUGGGGAAACGAUUUGCCGACCAGCGAUCUGGCGGUUCGUUGAGGAAAGUAGGGGUAGGAGAUAA